AUGAGAGCUUCUUAUCUCCAAUUUAUGCUUCUACUACUUGGACUUUUAUCUUGUAAUGCAACAAAACUUGAAUUUAGUUUCGAUUUGCGUGAUUCUAAAGUCAGAUGCAUAGAGGAAGAACGACAAGCACUCCUCCAAUUCAAACAACACCUUGUUGAUCCUUACCAUUGGCUGUCUUCUUGGGACAGUGGUGAAGAUUGUUGCAAGUGGGAAGGAAUUAAAUGCAGCAACAAAACAGGUCAUGUUGUUAUGCUUGAUCUCCAGGCAGAAUAUUGGUGGUAUGUUGAAUCUGCAACUAAACAUCUAGCAGGUGAGAUAAGCUCUUCAUUACUUGGAUUGCAGUAUUUGACUUACCUGGACUUAAGUUUGAAUAAAUUUUCCGGGAAACCUUUUCCAAACUUUGUUGGCUCACUCACUAAAUUACAACAUCUCAAUCUUUCAUAUACCUAUAUAGCCGGAACCCUUCCACAACAGUUAGGAAAUCUCUCGGGAUUGAUUUCUCUUGAUCUCAGAAGGAAUUCUGAUCUGACAGAGGCACAUAAUCUUGAUUGGUUAAUUCAUCUUUCAUCCUUAACAUACUUGGACAUGAGUCGGGUUAACCUCAGCCAGGUAGUCAAUUGGCCCAAUAAGCUUAUGAUGCUCCCUUCUUUGAUACACUUGAGUCUAAGUCAUUGCAGUCUGAUCUCCACAACGACUCCUCAGUUGUUUUCUGUCAAUGCUAAUUCCUCAUCACAACUUCUAUUUCUAGAUCUCUCUUGGAAUAAUUAUCUCACUUGCUUCAUAUUUCAAUGGUUAUUCAACUCCUCUACAAGCCUUGUUCAUCUUGACCUCAGUUAUACUAGCGGGUUACGGUGCUCCAUUCCAGAUGGUUUUGGUAGCCUAAAUUCUCUUCGAACACUACAUCUUGCUGGAAAUCAACUUGUUGGUGACAUUCCAAAAUCCUUUUCGAAUUUAUGCGCCAUAGAGUCAUUGACUCUUUCGGAUAACAAUCUCAGUGGAAGUCUUUACGAAUUUAUGAGUAAUGUGUCAAGUUGCUUGGUGGACUCCUUGCAGGAUUUUGAAAUAAGCAACAAUAGAUUAACGGGGUCAUUGCCCGAGAGUAUUAGAAACCUAUCCAAUCUUCAGAAGUUGGACGUUGCUAAGAAUUCCCUUGCAGGGGUGAUCACUGAAGCCCAUUUUUCAAAUCUCCUCAAACUGAAAAAGUUAUCUUUAGGGUUAAAUUCUUUGAUUUUGAGAUUCAGCUACGAUUGGGUUCCACCAUUCCAACUGGAUUAUAUUAAUUUGAGAUCUUGCAGAUUGGGAUCAGCUUUCCCAAAGUGGCUUCAAAGUCAAAAGAAUUAUUCUGUGCUUGAUAUUUCUGAUGCUGGAAUUUAUGACAUUAUGCCUGCUUGGUUUUGGGACUUCCCUACCAUGUUAUUCCAUUUAAGUCUGUCUAACAAUCAGUUGCAUGGGAACUUGCCAGACUUGUCAUCAUCUAGACUUGAGAGUACAAUUUCAACCAUAGAGAAGAAUAAUGGAAGCAUAUUUUAUGUAGAGUAUGCAUCCUUGGUAUGGAAAGGAAGAGAGUCUGUGUUAAAAAGUUUCUUGGGACUUGUGAAGAUGAUUGAUCUUUCAAAUAACAAAUUACAUGGAGAGAUUCCAGAAGGAAUUACUAAUCUUACAGGACUAGUUGCCUUGAAUUUAUCGAGAAACAAUUUAGUUGGAUUAAUCACUCCGAAGAUCGGUUUGUUGAGAAAUUUGUUGUCUCUUGAUUUAUCUAGAAACCAACUUUAUGGUGAAAUCCCAAUGAGCAUUUCCAACCUAAGUUUUCUUAGUCAAUUGGACUUGUCCGCCAACAACUUAUCAGGCAAAAUCCCAAUAGGAACUCAAAUACAAAGCUUCGAUGCUUCUGCAUUUUUGGGAAAUCCUAAACUAUGUGGCUCUCCACUUCCAAACGAGUGUCUAGAAGAUCUUCAUCCAAAUUACAUUAACAAUCAAGGCCACAAGAAGGAAAAUGAUGAUGAUGAUGGAUUUAUAACUAAUGGAUUUUAUGUUGCUGCAAGUCUCGGAUUCAUUGUUGGAUUUUGGGGAGUGUGUUGCAUUUCAGUGCUAAACAUACGGGAUGCUGCCGACGCCCAAGGUGGGCUGUUGACAUCGGUUGUUCAUGGUGGAUGGACGUUUGCUGAUCUGGUGGCACAGAAACCUCAACCUCUUCCAGAGGUGGACGUUCCCCUGCGAUCGCCAAAGUGGGUUGAAAAUGAUUGUCCGUCGUUGGAUGUUAUUCGAUCCUUUAUUUGCAGUCACUGGGGUAUUGUUCAACAGCCCAUGGUUUCUUCUAUGCGAAGUCCACAAAAUGUUUUUGUACAGUUUGCUAAUGAGGAUGAUUUUCUGAAGGCCUUUGCUCGUGAAUCUUGUGAUAUAGAUGGGGUGCACUAUAGAGUUUUUUAUUGGACGACUGAUUUCUGUGAUGAAGUAGAGCCAUCUCUUGUUCCGGUUUGGAUUUUCCUCCCUGAUUUACCACAGAAUUACUAUCAUCCUUUGAAAUAUUGA